AUAGAUUGUGAACGGAGGAUAUAGAUUGGACUUCCCCAAGCAUGACGCCCCCAAUGGCGAUGAUCUUCUUACUGUUGACCUUUCUUGCGAUCUCUCAAGCACAAGAUGCUGCAACUUCACCGGCUCCAACCGUCUGCAUCAUUGGCAGCGGCAUCGGUGGCUCCUCAGUCGCCCACUUCCUCCGCAAGUACUCACCUAAUUCCCCCCAUCCUAUCAAAAUUCAGAUGUUCGAGCGCAAUGGACUCGUUGGGGGUCGCAUGGCUACUGUGAAUGUUGCUGGUGACACCUUCGAAGCUGGAGCUUCAAUUCUCCAUCCCAAAAACUUUCACGCCUUGAAUUACUCCAAGCUUCUUAAUCUUGAGUUCAAGGAGAAGGACUCAUCUUCUGGUUCCUUGUCUCUGGGCAUUUGGGAUGGGAAGAAGUUUGUUUUUAAAACGUUCAUAGUUGAUUCCAAUGUUCCCUUGCUCGAUAAGCUCGUCUCACUUGUUAAUUCGCUUCUUCUGUUCAUCCGCUACGGCUUUUCACUUCUUAAAAUGAAUACUUUUGUUGAGAGUACCGUGGCUCGAUUCUUAAAGUACUACGAAGGUCCAGCAUCGAGACCUAUUUUCGAGACUCCAGACGAGAUGCUGAAAUGGGCUGAUCUGUAUAAUCUGACAGCCAGGACUUUGCAAGAUGAAUUGGUUGAUGUUGGGUUGUCUCCCUUGUUGAUAAAAGAACUUGUCACUGUCAUCACGCGAAUUAAUUAUGGCCAGAGUGUAUGCAUCAGUGGGCUUGCUGGUGCAGUUUCUUUGGCAGGAUCCGGUGGAGGAUUAUGGUCCAUUAAAGGAGGCAACUGGCAAAUGGCAGCUGGACUGAUUAAUCAGUCAGAUGUUGCAUUGCACCUGCAUGAAGGAAUAGAAUCCAUUGCUGACCUUGGAGAUUUUUAUGAACUCAACUCCACGAAGGGCAACAGUUAUACCUGUGAAGUUGCUGUGGUUGCUGCAUCUUUGGAUGAGUCAGAUAUUCAACUAAUUCCUCAGAUAUCAAUUUCUAAAAGAAAAACACAGCAUACCUAUACAACUUUUGUCAGGGGCCUUUUGAACCCUGCAUACUUUGGUCUCAGUGCGGUGGUGGGGAUUCCAGAGCUCGUGGGCACAGUCGAGGAUCCUGACCUUCCAUUUUCUAGCAUUUCAGUUCUCAAGAAGUAUGAUGCAAGAGAUGCCACUUAUAAGAUAUUCUCUCGUCAACCAAUGUCAGACACGUUACUGGAUAGCAUUUUUAGUGUGAGGAAAAAUACUAUCAAGAUAAACUGGCCUGCCUACCCUCUCUACCAUGCCCCUGAAGUAUUUGCACCAUUUCUGUUGGAUGGUCGGCAUUUGUACUACGUCAAUGCAUUUGAGAAUGCAGCUAGCACCAUGGAGACAAGUGCUGUAGCAGCUGAGAAUGUUGCCCGACUCAUAGUGUCCAGAUAUUUUGCCACAAUGUCUGUGCAUUCAUCAGAGUUGUCCACUAGCUCUCAUGGAGGGGAAUCCCAUUUAGAUCUGUAAAUUGCAGUGAUUGUACUAUAUUCUUAAUUACAUUGACUGUCAUCAACUUUGUACAUGGAAAAUUUUGGACACCCCCCCUUCCCUUUUUGCAACAGAGUUUGUACAUUUGACUUCUAAGGAA